UUUUUUUUUGUCAUUUUUGUCAGCAGUUUUUGCCCUUUCGCUUGCGCGUCCUUUUGUGGUCAAUGGUCAUUGGUUUUUGUCGCUUAUUGGUCUUUUUGGGGAAAUUGGGAGGUUUACUUUUAUUCUGCACUUAUUCUGCACUUUUGGGCGUGGUGGUGGGAAGUAAGGAGGAGACGGAGAUGGAGGAGAAGCAGGAGGAGGUGGUGGUGGAGGAACAGGUGGAGGAUGCACUGGUGAUUGGUAGUUUACAAUCAAUCAAUAAAGUAUCAGCUCGACAUAUCACUACAUAAUGUGCAUUGUGCAUUGUGCAUGAUUUAUCACGGUGAGUGCAACUGUUCAAGCUUCAAGCCUCAAGCCUCAAGUGUCAAAAGCUUGUGUCGAAAGCCUCAGGUGUCGAAACGAAAGCUUGUGUCGAAAGCUUGAUUCUGGAGACCAGUGAACAUGGUGAACAAUCUGUACCACCGAGUGGAGCGGCGAGGAGUUCUUCAGCCUUUAGUCUUCAGCCAUCGUAGGAGUUGUGCAGCCCCAUUCAGUCUUCAGCCUUCAGCCAUCGGAACUUUCAAUUGACGCUGGGGGGCGGGGGGAGGGG